GUUUUCAAGAACCCCCAUGAGGUGGUGACGGUGCUGCUGAUUCAGACCCUGGGGGCCUUGGUGCCCUCCCUGCCCAUGUGCCUUAGCGCCAGCAUGGAGCGGGUGGGACCUGAGCUGGAGCUCAGCAAGCUGCUGGAGUUCUACGACAUCACUGCCCACUUCGCCAAGACGCUGGAGAUGGCCCUGUUCGCCCAUCCAUAUGAGCACAACCUAGUGAAAGUCACGGAGCUGGUGGAUGCUGUGUAUGGUCCUUACAAACCCUACCAACUGAAGUACGGCCACAUGGAAGAGAGCAACCUCCUCAUCCAGAUCAGCUCCGUGCCUUUGGAGCACGGGGAGGUGAUUGACUGUGUGCAGGAGCUGAGCCACUCUGUGAACAAGCUCUUUGGCCUGGCGUCUGCAGCUGUGGACAGAUGUGCCAGACUCACCAAUGGCCUGGGGGCCUGUGGCCUGCUGACAGCCCUGAAAUCCCUCUUUGCCAAGUACGUGUCUGAUUUCACCAGUGCUCUCCAGUCCAUACGGAAGAAGUGCAAGCUGGAUGAUAUUCUUCCCAACUCCCUUUUCCAAGAGGACUGGACAGCAUUUCAAAACUCGGUCAGGGUCAUAGCCACCUGUGGAGAGCUCUUGAGGCAGUGUGGGGACUUUGAGCAGCAGCUUGCAAACAGGAUUUUGUCCACCGCUGGGAAGUAUCUGUGUGACUCCUACAGCCCUCGGAGCCUGGCUGGCUUUCAGGAUAGCAUUCUGACAGAUAAGAAGAGCUCUGCCAGGAACCCAUGGCAGGAAUAUAAUUACCUCCAGAAAGACAGCCCUGCCGAAUAUGCCAGUUUAAUGGAAAUACUUUAUACCCUCAAGGAGAAAGGGUGCAGUAAUCACACCCUGCUGGCUCCGUCCAGGGCCGCCCUGACUCGCCUUAACCAGCAGGCCCAGCAGCUGGCCUUUGAUUCCGUCUUCCUGCGCAUCAAACAGCAGCUGCUGCUCGUUUCCAAGAUGGAUAGGUGGAACACUGCCGGCAUUGGAGAAACACUGACAGGUGAUCUGCCCGCCUUCAGUCUCACCCCUCUUGAGUACAUCAGCAAUAUUGGGCAGUACAUCAUGUCCCUGCCUCUGAAUCUUGAGCCCUUUGUGACUCAGGAGGACUGUGCCUUAGAGCUGGCCUUACACGCUGGGAAGCUCCCGUUUCCUCCUGAGCAAGGGGAUGAGCUGCCUGAGCUGGACAACAUGGCUGACAACUGGCUGGGUUCGAUUGCCAGAGCCACAAUGCAGACCUACUGUGAUGUGAUCCUCCAGAUCCCAGAGCUGACCCCACACUCCACCAAGCAGCUGGCUACUGACAUCGACUACCUGAUCAACGUGAUGGACGCUCUGGGCCUGCAGCCUUCCCGGACCCUUCAGAACAUUGUGACGCUCCUGAAGGCUAAGCCCGAGGAUUAUAGACAGGUCAGCAAAGGCCUGCCGCGUCGGCUGGCCGCCACGGUGGCCACCAUGCGAGCUGUGAACUACUGACCUCGUGCAUCCUCUGAAGUGAUAGGGCUGGUGUCUGUGGCCACAGUGACUCUCAGAUCGAGUUCCCUCUCACAUCCACCAGCAGUGGACAGAGUUUGCUCUAAAAAGACUUGGUUCUUUUAUAUGAUCAAGAAAAGGUUAUAAGCUGGUGUGGUGGCCCCGCCUGUAACCCCAGCACUCAGGAGGCCAAGGCGGGAGAAUCUUGAGUUCCAGGUCAACAACCUGGGCUACAUUGUAAA